AUGAUUUAUAUUUCCGUAAUUUGUGCAUGUUGCAUCUUCGGCCAAGUGUUAGCAGAAGUCAAUAUGACUAUAAACUAUUCUGGAUAAUAAUGGAGACAAAACAACAAAAACAUUCAUGUGCUCGAAUGAUUCCAAUACGUUGCAUGUUCAAGUAUUCGAUACUGUUUACUUCAAUUUAAUAAGCAACUUGUACAUGAACUAUUUUUGGUGUUAUAAUGGCAAAGGGCAAUUUACCUUAAAGGGCGAUGAUUACAAGAACAUGACUUCUGCACUGUUUCAAGUAACGGAUACUUUGGCAGGACAAUGGAAUUGUUCGAUUUAUACGAAGAAAGACGUGAAAUAUAUUGAGAACAGGAGCGUUAACUAUUUAGGUCAUAAUUACCUGAAAUUUACAUGUCAAAUGACAUUAUAUGUAAAACACAAGCUCUUAUUGACAAUUUUUAGUGCGAAAGACAAACGUUUUACGCAAGAGCACUUUAAAAAUGGUGUCUACCAUUACAAAGAGGGUGAUCACUUCACCUUUUCCUGUAGUUGCCUUUCUGUUAAGAGCAGUGUUCUACCGAAGGGAACAUCACUUAGAAUUUUUCAAAUGCGUGAACCUCCAAAAAUUACGUUGGCAGGCGGGAAAGGAAAAUUUUAUGAAACAUCGGUUUCUAACUACAUUUACGAAGGUACAACGAAUGAUACCAUAACUUCUUUGAUUUGCUCGAGGAAACAAACUGAUGGAUCUUUACAGUGGGUUUUCUGUUCUAACAAAACAGAUGACACCUGUAUGACGACUGUAAAGAACAAACAAAGCCAAACUAUUACACUUGACAAUUUUUACCUCUCGCCAGAACUGAAUGGUACAGACGUUAAGUGUAUCUAUACGAGCCCAGUGGGUGAUCAAUCUAAAUCUACAAUCUCACUCAAUCUAACUGAGGAGAACCACCACAAUAAAGGUAGCGCCCUCAUCGUUAUCGGAUACGUAUCUGCUGUACUGGGAUCCGUUUGCAUCGGAGCAUUGUCACUUUACUUCGGUUGCCGUAGAAGAUGUAGAGGCACAACACUGAAUAAUACGAUAAACAGACCUUUACCGGAAGUCCCGCCACGGUCUGUGGAUGAAACCAACAACGGCAUAGAAUUAGGUGAACAUGUAUACGGCACCAUAGACAACGCUGAAGGGGACUAUUCGUAUGUAAUAAUUGACAGAAGAAAUCCUGAAGACUACGGGAUUCCACGAUAA